AUGUCGAACGAGAAACAUGAAGAUGUCAUCGAGCCCGUUCAGAGCAGCACCAACAGUAUCGAUAUCGGGAAAGCCGACCUCGAAGAUGGCGAAGUCUUCAGGACAGGAGAGGGUCUCGUCAACUUUCGAACGGUUUCAUGGAUUCACUCUUCGGUGAUCUUUUUGAAGCUUAUCUUCGCAACCGGUGUCCUUACCAUUCCAUCUGCCAUGUUCACUCUUGGAGCUCUCCCAGGUGCUAUCAACGUUCUUGGCUGGCAGUUCCUGAACACUUGGUGCGCCCUCGUCCAGGGACAAUUCAAAGCCAAUCACCCCGGGUGCCACAGUAUUGCUGAUAUGGGCCAACUUGUCGGUGGUAGAGUCGUAAAAGAGAUUGCAGGAAUUCUGUUUCUAGUGGCAUUCAUCAUCGUUGGCGCAUCCGGAAUGGUCGGUGUUUCUACUGCGCUCAAUGCUCUUUCGAACCACUCCCUUUGCACAAACUACUUCUCUAUCAUCGCGGCGGUCAUGGUCGGUUUGUGUGCGAGUGUUCGGAGGUUCGAGAAGCUCACAUGGAUCACAUGGGCCGGCUUUGCUUCCGUCUUCAUCGCCGUCUUCAUCGUUGUCGUCGGAGUAACCACACUCGAUCGCCCAGCUGCAGCUCCUCAGACCGGAGAUUACGAAUUUGGUUAUCAUGUUAUUUCCAGCCCAACCUUCGCUGCUGGAAUCACCGCAGCAUCCACAAUUUUCUGCUCGGGCGCCGGAACAUCAGCCUUCUUGCCAGUUAUGUCUGAGAUGAGGAACCCCAAGGAAUACUCCAAGGCAGUGAAUUGGUGCAUGGGCAUCGUGACAGCUGCAUACCUCUCUUUUAGCCUUGUGGUCUACAAGUACUGUGGGAAGUGGGUCGCGUCUCCUUCGCUCGGCAGUGCUGGGCCAACUGUCAAGAAGAUCGCGUACGGCAUUGGGCUGAUCGGCCUUUGUGUUAGCGGUGCACUUUACGUUCACGUCAGUGCGAAGUAUGUGUUCGUGAGGAUCUUGCGGAAGUCGAAGCAUCUCCAAGCCAACACCGCUGUUCACUGGGGAACAUGGUUCGGCUGUGUAGCAAGCAUGAGCAUAAUCAGCUUACUGAUCGCCUCGGGGGUGCCGAUUUUCAACUACUUGCUCUCGUUGGCGGGCAGCAUUGCCUUUGCUCCUCUGGCAUUGGGUCUGCCUGGCUGGCUGUGGAUCUACGAUCACGCAGAUUACUGGCGUGGAAAUCUGUGGAGGAAAACUCUGUAUUGUCUGCAUAUCAUUUUGAUACUCCUCUCGGCGUUCUUGACUGUUGGCGGGACAUACGGAGUCAUUGUGCAGAUCACGGACGCGUACAAAGACGGGUCCAUUGACUCGGCCUUUUCUUGCGCGGACAACAGCAACUCGUCUUGA